AUGCUGAGAACGUUGCGUCUGCUCACCGGCGUCUUAACCUUCACCAGUGUAGUGGCGGCCCAGUCCACUCCCACAGUAACUCAGUCUCUGCCUGCAGCUACCAUUGACACCGCGGCCUCGGUCAUAACAGCGCCGCCUGAGAUCAAUGAUGUUGUCGAGAACGCAGCAAAUGGCACGAACUGGUAUUCCGAUGUGAUUGGCGUCUUCCCUUGGCCAGAUGAAAGAGAUGGCCCUUCGUGGGGAACAAGGUCGUGCUCUUCGAGCUCUUAUUUUGCCACGGGUUUCAACGGCCGCUACGGAAUGUGCUGUGAUGCAACGGCCGCCUUCUGUAUGAGUGUUACCUCCUGUGGCAGCGGCGGGACGGCGUACGGUCCGGGUACAUUCUACGGCGGAUGUGCAACCGGUUAUGAGUGUGAGACUGUCACCGUCUUUGAGUCCAAGGGCAGCCCGACCAGCUAUUACUACCUGGGCUGUUCCGCCCCUGGGGAUACGUCUUGGGUUAGCAAAGUCUACCGCCAUGGAUUCACCUUUUCCACGACGUCGAGCCGAAGAACAACCCAGGCGACUACCACAGUGCUUGCCACAACUACCGUGUCGAGAAAUCAUGGAUCAAAGGCAGUACCAUUGCCUGCGGGUUAUGAGAUCUUACUGGGGUUUUUGGAGCGAGUUGUGGGCCUGUUAUAG